AUGAAUUUUGAAUAUAAUCAACAAUAUCCGAAAAUUAAAAUUUCAUGGGUUAUAAGCUCUACUGGAGGAGUUAAGAAACCCCACAGAUACCGUCCAGGAACAGUUGCCCUUCGUGAAAUCAGAAAAUACCAAAAAUCUACUGAACUUUUAAUCCGUAAAUUACCAUUCCAACGUUUAGUUCGUGAGAUUGCUCAAGAUUUCAAAACUGAUCUUCGUUUCCAAUCUUCUGCUGUAAUGGCACUUCAAGAAUCUGCUGAAGCUUACCUUGUCGGACUUUUUGAAGACACUAACCUUUGCGCCAUCCACGCCAAACGUGUUACCAUUAUGCCAAAAGAUAUUCAAUUGGCCAGAAGAAUCCGUGGAGAACGUGCUUAA